AUGUACUUGAGCCUAUUUUGUCGAUCGAGAAAUGGCAUUCUUUUAUGCGCUUUCUCGCUAACAAGCCAAGCAGUCCCUAGCGGGCUAUCCGUCAUUAACUCGAAGAAGUGCAACAAGACCAGUAUCGAACUGGGAUUGCCUCUCUUUCAAUCUUCGGAAGUUACUUUGUAUCCCUUUCUAAUGCAAUAUCUUCAAUCAGAUCUUCUUGAACCGAAAUCAGUUCGACGAUUGAUUGAAGUUUUUGGAGAAAUUUCGCCGAUAAACUCUCACAAGGACCGCAGUUUUGUGUCUCUAGUAUGUAAAGAUUGGUACAACGCUGAGUGGUGGAGCAGACGUCAUGUGUUUAUCAGAAAUGAUUACUCGGUGCCGCCGAAGAUUGUAGCCAGGAGGAUUCCUCAGAUUCGGAGCGUAACCUUGAAGGGGAAACCGAGGUUUCCAGCUUUUAAUUUAGUACCAGAGGAUUGGGGAGCUGAUGUUCAUCCAUGGUUGAGUGUUCUCGCCAAAGCGUAUCCAUUCCUAGAGGAGCUGAGACUGAAGAGAUUGACAGUUUGCUACUCAUUGCAGGGUUUCGGAUUGUGA